GUUGUGGUUGGUUUACAUAUUGAAUCUACGUUUCUCACGACCAGCUUGAUAUUGUUGGACUUGUGCAGUUUGCUGAAUGCAAGGAUUAGCGGGAAACAUCAGUAACAUCAUGACAGGAAGUACUCUGUUUGACCAAAAAUACAAAAAAAGUCCUACAUCUGGCAUGCUCCACAUCUGGCAAGUAAAAAGAAUAUAUGCCAUAUAUUCAGUAAUACUAAAUCUCAGUGGAAUGUGCUGCACAACAUGCAACACUGCAGAGUAUGAAAUUCAUGGAGAAUGCUGUCCAAUGUGUGCUCCUGGUGACCAUGUGUUUAAACACUGCGACAGUCAAUCAGGCACGCAGUGUAAAGUGUGCACUGGAUCAACCUACACCGAUGUCCCGAACGGACUGACCGCAUGUCUCCCCUGUGCUGUGUGUGAUGAAGGUAAUGGAGUACAUGUAAAGCAUAAGUGUUCAUCCACUUCAGAUGCACUCUGUGAGCCUUUGUCAGGAUAUUAUUGUAUAGAAACUCAGGAUGAGAGCUGCAGAAAAGCCAGAGAGCACUCCACCUGCCUACCUGGACAAUACAUCUACCAGAACGGAACAGCUUUAAUGGAUACUGUAUGUAAGGACUGCCCAGAGGAGACAUAUUCAGAUGGUUCAUUUAUGCGCUGCAAACCACAUACAAAAUGUGAGUCUUUGGGGCAGAUAACAAUCACACAGGGAACACAGCAGAGUGAUGCAGUGUGCAGCCAUCAACCGUCUAAUUGGGGCCUCAUCAUUGGGAUUUUGGUGCCAUCUCUACUGGUGGUGGUCAUAUUAAGUGUUUUACUUUGGAAGAAAAAGAAAAAAAAUUAACAUAUUGUAAUAAUUAUUUUAACGGUGAAAAAAAACAUUUUGUACUCUGUAUGUGUGUAUAUAUGUAUAUACAAAUAUAAAAAAACUUUAACAUGUCAA